AUGGCGCAAGUGGAGGCCAAGCUGCGGACCGUGGUCGGCGCCAAGAACGAGGCACGCGGUGGUUUCGGUCCACGGGUUACGGCGGUAACGGCUGCUCUUUGGAGCUCGCCGGGGUUCGCGGUGGCCGUCCAAGUUGACCAGAUCAUCUCCUUUUGGCUCAGUCGGGUCAUCGAUGAGCUCAAGGCGAACAAGGGGGCUUCGGGCGGCUCGAGCGUAGAAGAAGAUGAACUGGGCCGCCGUGAGCAGGAGAUCCUGGAGGCAAACGGAGCUUCCUGGUGCGACUCGCAGCGGGAAGAGAGUGCAGCGCGCGGAGUGCGUGCGGCGUUGUGUGGCCUCAACGCCACCACUCCCAAUGAGAGCGAGAGAGAAGAACGGAAGAAGACCACGUGUGACCGGAUCCUCCGGGCCGAGGUGCCCAGCGACGGGGCGGUGACCCUGGCGGUGACCGCUCCGCGAGCCGCGCCCGAGGCAUCAGGCUCACGGCAUCAAGGACUUGCCAUCGUGGCGGACGACGGCUUCCGAGUGAGAUAUCAACUGCAAAUCCAAAGCCUUCGCUGCUACGCCCGGGCGCAAGGCUAUGACUUCUGGCUGCUGCAGGGUAGCGAGUUCCCGGAAUGCCAACCGCCACCAGCCAGCAGCAAGCUUUUGGCCCGGGGGACGGGUGAAGGGACUUCGGCUGAAGGCAUUGGGUGUCAAAAACUGGAGCUCCAAGGGAUAGUGUUACGCGACAGCGCCGUGUGGUAUAGCAGUGUGGAGGACUUCUUCUUCCAAAAGCAUUGCGCCAUCGCCAAUCUUCUAGAGCAGCAGGAGGAUCGGUAUGCCUUGGCAGUGCUGGAUGCAGAUGUGGUUGCGGUGGACUUGGACAGAAGCCUUGACAUGUGGAUGGGCAGUCAGGGCGACCUGCAGUUCUACAAGAGAAUCACCGGGGAAGAAGUGAUGGCAGGCAACUACAUCGCCCGGAACCGGCCUUGGGUGCGGCAGUUCCUUCGCAACUGGGUCACUUGGACAAUCUCCCCAUGUCGCGCUGAUGUCGCGCCGUCGCACCGGUGGGCUGGGCUGGGAUCGUCCGAGACUUUGAAUAGGCCUCCAGGCUUCAGCAGCGCCGACAACGGCGCGCUACACGUGGCACUCAUGGAGGCGUUAGAACGACCCGAAGCCACUCGAGUGGCAGAGCUCUACGGCAACCUCACAGCCAUGGUGGAGGCCCUCCGCGCGAAGCGAUGCAGCGCGUGGACAAUCCGCAGACCACUCGCGGGCGGAGUGGAAUCUGAAAAAGUGCUCGUAGGUCAGGUCCAUGUUAUGGAUCACAGCUUUUGGGCUUUGGCAAUGCAACCAAGCAACACAACCAAGAAGACAGCCUAUUUCCCAGAGGUGCUCUCCAUUUGGCCUCGGAUGAGCUUCUUCGUGGAUGACGGGGACCCGCAGGACCUGCCGCGCUACUUCGCCGACCUCGACGCCUGUCGCGCGAACCGCGGCGCCGAUGGCGCGUGGGUCUCGCCGGAGCAGCUGGGACAGGACUCCCAACACUUGGUGGAGCGCUGCCAAGCGCCAACGAUCUAUGGCAGUUUCAAAGCCCCUGAGUGCACCUACACCUCAGCCAUUUUGGUUGUUCAUGGUUUCUUUCAUGACUGGAGAGCAGAUGAAUUCAGAAAAGUCUCUAACCAACAAAGGUUCCUGAUCGUUCUGACUGUUCUUUUGGAAGUGUUCUUUGUCACGCUCAGUGUGGGGCUUCAGUUCAGCAUCAGUGGCUACCUUCUUCGGGAGAUUCCACACCUGGAACCUUGCAAGGGCAUUUGCGUCAAUUUGCAGUGGAUGACUGUGGGCGUGUUCACUGGGGAAAUCAUCAAGGACCUUGCUGAGACCGGAAACAUGCGCAAGUGGAUAUGGCAGGCCACUUAUGUGAAAUACCUCAAGUGUGAGGGCACUCCCAGCCAGUAUGAUGAGAUGAUAUGGAAGCAGCCGGAGAAGUCGUUUGGAGCGUUCAUUAUUCUCUGUAAAUUUCUGAUCGCACUCUAUUUGCUCUUUGUAGGCAACAGGUUCAUUCUCAAGUCUGAGAACAACAAAGACCUGGUGCUCAAUUGCGUGAAGAAGCUGCAGCCCUGCACCAUCGAAUGGAAGUUUCGGGAGGCCAAAACUGAAGGCAAGAUCUUCGCCCUGGUGGCGAGACCUGCCAGCUGGGUAGCUUUAGUGUGUGCCUUUGUGUCCAUCGACAACGACUGCAACUGGGCAACCCACUUCGUUCCGCACCAAGACCGUGCCAAGGAAGGAUACCGGGACCUCUACCAGCAGGGUUUCUGCGAACAGUGCGCGCAGCAUUGCGCGCGGGUUCUCAGAAUGCAGCCGGUGGCCAACGCCACACCCCGAAACCUUCUCAUGUUGCAGUGCCACAAGCUCAGGCGAAAGCAACGCCUGGUGCCGGUGGGGCCGCCGCCCCAAGCAGCGCCGGAGUCGGAGUACGUCCUGGAACCGGAGGCCAUCGAGUGGGGCGACCUCUACCGGGCCACGAACCGCGACAACACGCCGACGCCGGGGUAUUUGUUCAACGACAUUGUGCAAAACGUCUCGAACGCCAGCCCCUCUGCGAUCCCCGAGGUGGCACAGUAUUUGAUCGACUGUGUGAACGGCGAUCAUGCGCACGUCAAGCUCAAGUCACUCUUCGUGAUCAAGACGCUCGCAUACAGGAUUCCGCCCUUCCAGCAGGCCUUCUUGAGCCAACCGGACGGCUGGUCCUCCGUCCUGGAGGCCUCCGUCUUCACGGGGCCCCCCUCGCCCAUGUUCGGCGAUGAGCCGUACCGCCUGGUGCGGGAGGCCGCCGAGGGAGCCAAGGAGGCCUUGGAAACCACCGAGUUUUAUCACCAGGAGUACAAGGAGCUCUCGCAGCGCAUCGUGGGCUUCGGGAACUAUCAGCCUCCUGAGGACACGAAGCUGCCCGAUGGCUCCGUGAACGUCGCCAAGGACGUGACCUUCGGCGACGUGCUGGGCACCGCGGUGGGCGGCGUGCUGAACGGCGCGGGCGCCAUUUUCCAGGGCGUCAAGGGCCUCUUCGAGACGCACUCGCGGCACGUGUCGGGCUUGGAGCUGGAUGGCAUCGGCAUGGAUGAGCCCGAAGAGGAGGUCGAAGACCCCUACGAGGAGGAGGCUCAGAUGCGGAUCGAAGAGGAGGAUGAAUAUCAUGCUCCCGCCGGAGACUACAUCCCCCCCUUGGUGCCCACCGGCCCCACCGACGCCGACGCUGUCGAGUGUGCUGAAGAGCCGGCUUGCCCAUCAGAACCGCAGGUUCAGCCCUCGGUGUCCACCGGCGCCCGCCCUCUUCGAUCUCAUCGACCGACAGGCCGCCCCAAAGAGACGCAGAACCCGCGGCCGGCGCGGCUUGCGCCGCGGGCUGUUGAAGAACUGACCGCGUUCGAAAGCAGCGAAGCUUUCGUGGAGCUUUAA